AUGCGGCGAUGCAUCAGCUUGCACGAGGAUCGAUCGAGUACACUUCCUCGAGUGUUCGAGCCACCGCUUGGGUACAACGUAGAGGUGGACGGAGUCAGAGGUGUGGGGAAGGAUUCGGGGGCGUCGAAAAGCCUUUUAGGUGCUCCGAAACUCCCUCAUACAGAAUUCGAAAGCUUGCGACAACGCUCCGGUCCCACCGACACUCCGAGGGGUGGAUCGGUAAACGAGGCCGGUGUGUUCACCCUUCGAGGCAGACAGGAGGGUGGCCGACGUGCUAGAAGAACCACGACAAGCACCACGAGCACAACGCCGUCGUCCAGCUCGACGUUGAUUUCUCUGUCCGACGACGUGGCGCAGCCCGCGGCCCUUUUAGCCCCCGAAGAGGACUUAUGGUCUACCAGCUCCUCCGCUACAACCAAUGCUCCAGCGGUCUCCUUAGAUACAGCUGCCGCCGCCCCGUCAAAGCCACCGUCGGAGCUGGUGGUGAAACCUCACAGCAAGAUCAUACUACCGUGCGAGCUGGAAGGAAAUUACUCGAGGCUGCUGCUGCCCGGGGCCAGGAGCUACAGAAUACGGCCUGCAACAUGGCUUCACGAGGGAAGUCCGGUGGAUAUGAUUACAAUCAACACGAGAACGGAGAUGAGUGGAACUGGACACAGAUAUAUCGGCGAUUCUAUCACAGCGGCGUUGCAUAUAGACAACGUUAGAUUGGAAGACGACGGUAUAUGGGGUUGUACAUUAGAGAACGACCAGGGGAAGAUUCUCGCCGGCAAACCUGUGAAGCUCGUUGUUCUCGAGGCGCCCCGGGGGACGUAUCUGCUGAUAGAUGGGCGCCGGUUGGAUCCGGGAAACCAGUUCGUCCCGGUGAAAGAGGGCUCCGAGUUGACGUUGGAGUGCGCCGCCGAGGGUGGAAACCCGCCCCCUGUUUUAGCAUGGGGAAUGACUCUGUCUCAGGCCACUUUGGACGGUCCGGAGCAACCGCCGGACAAUCUGACCGUGUUGCCCCCGACGUCUGGCAGGCACAGUGGGGCUCACCUUAAGGUCUUGAGGGGUCACCACAACGCCACAAUCGCCUGUAUCGCGCGACACAUCACGUUGACGAUACCUAUGAACGCCAGCAUCCUUCUCGACGUACAAUAUACUCCGUCGUUCGCGAUAACGCGUUUACCUGGUUUUGGAAUUCCGAUCGUCGAGGGGAUGUCCGUCAGCCUGAAAUGCGAGGUGGACAGCAAUCCGGCCAGCACGCCGAUCUGGCAGCGCGACAAUGGACCGCCCGUCGAGCAGAGCGACGACGGAUGGCUGAACUUCACAAAAAUCAGCCGGGCCGAGAGCGGCUGGUACAAAUGUUACACCAGGCACAUGCUCGGCAUAUUCACCAGCAUCGGUUAUUUUCUCAACGUACGCUAUGACCCAGACAUGGAAACGGAAGCUGAAGCUUUGAACGGCGAGGCAACCGAUUCCCGGAAGAUGGAAGUUCAGAUCGGCGGCGCGGUGACUUUGGAGUGCGACGGUGGUUGCUGGGGACACGGUCCUGGAAUGGAUCCAGUCGGCGGUCCCGGACCACUGGCUCUAAGUCGUGUCGUUUAUCAGGAGGCCGGGGAGUAUCGAUGCGUCGCGCCCGAUCGAAAAAUGCAGGACACGUGGCGUGCCCAGUUGCCCUAUCACAUCAAGGUCACCGGUCGACCCAUGCUUCAUCCGCCUAGCCAAACGGUGACAGCAAAGGAGGGUGAACCAUUGAGCAUCGUCGUCGAGUUCUGCGCGGAGCCCACAUACACCAAGGUGAUGUGGCUGUCCGAGGAGAACGUGUACGUACCUGGUGCACCAUCCAGAGACGGAGUUCGGGCACUUGCUGUUGAGGACGGCGGCACGGAGUCCUGUUACCGGACGGUGCUGAGCUUCGACACGAUUCAAUGGUCCCACGCCGGCGAAUGGUUGCUGUUGGUACGCUCGUCGGAAGGGAUCGCGGACGCUUCCGUUUUGUUGAACGUGACACGGGCCUCCGAGUACAGUCACGCUCACUUCCGGUCAGCGAGUCUCGCUUGCCUGUCGCUUUGUCUGGCGUUGGCCAUUCUGCAGGAGCACCGUCGCUGA